UGUAACAGUGGGUGUGGAUGUAAAUGGUUAACUGUCCGUGUCGACGUCAGACUGGUUCCUGCUGCUCUGGGCCGCAGCUUUGGUCUGGACAGGACAAAUACCCCCAAAACCGCUCCACGACUUCUCCCAACAGAUCAACCAGCCGCUGGAAUAACAUCCUGAAAAUGGGCAACUGUCAACCUACAAUCGUGCCCUAUGAGGAUUUCGAUGUCAUAGCUGACAUCAAGGGCAUCCGCAAAGCCUGCAAAGGCCUUGGAACGGAUGAGCAGGCCAUUAUUGACAUCCUGGCAAACCGCAGUUCAUCUCAGCGGCAGGAAAUUAAACAGGCUUAUUUUGAAAAAUAUGACGAUGAGCUGGUGGAUAAGUUAAAGAGCGAGUUGUCUGGAAACUUUGAGAAGGCCAUCCUCGCCAUGCUGGACCCGCCCGUCAUCUACGCUGUGAAGGAGCUGAGGAAGGCCAUGAAGGGCCCAGGCACUGAUGAAGAUGUCCUGGUGGAAAUCCUUUGCACCGCCACCAAUGCUGACAUCGCCAUGUUCAAGGAAUGCUACUUUCAGGUGCAUGAACGUGAUCUAGACGCAGAUAUCGAGGGAGACACAAGCGGCGAUGUAAGAAACCUCCUCAUGGCUCUUUUGCAGGGGAACAGAGACGAGAGCUACGAGGUGGACGAGGAACUGGCUGAACAAGAUGCUACUGCCCUGUUUGAGGCUGGCGAGGGUCGCUUUGGAACAGACGAGUCCACCUUCAGCUACAUUCUGGCCUCCAGAAAUUACCUGCAGCUCCAGGCCACUUUCAAGAUAUAUGAGCAGCUCUCUGGAACUGAAAUCCUGGAUGCCAUUGAGAAUGAGACUUCUGGGACACUGAAAAAAUGCUACACUGCUCUCGUGAGAGUUGCUAAGAAUCCUCAGCUCUACUUCGCCCGGCGUCUGAACAAUGCCAUGAAAGGAGCCGGCACUGACGAGGACACAAUCAUACGUAUCAUUGUGUGUCGUGCUGAGUAUGACUUGGAGACCAUCAAAGACAUGUACCUGGAGAAGUACGAUGUGUCUCUGAAGGACGCUCUGAGGGACGAGUGCAGUGGCGACUUUAAACGCCUCCUCCUGGCCAUAUGCCACUGAGAGCUGGAGGGGCAGACAGGCGGAGGUGGAAGACAAGAGACAGCAGAGUAUGUUUAUAUUCAGAGCGGUGCUGCUCUCUGUCUAACAAACUAACACGGCUCAGCCCCUCCAUGUGACAGUAUGUAGGGAGCAGGAGGGUGGAAGUGAUGAAAUAAUUAACCUGGCUCAUGUCUUGUCCAAACUCUGUGUUACUGUGAAUGUGGGUGACUCAUUUUUGAAUUUUUUCCGCAGACCCUGAACUGGAUUCACUUAUCUAGGACUUACCAGUGUGUGAAACUGUGUCUGUCAAUUACUGCCCAUUUCUUGGUCAAUUUUUAGCUCCAGUUCUUAACACCUUUUUACCAGCAUUUACUAUGUGUAGUGUAAUUUUCGGUCACUGUAAACAAGCACCAAAUUUAUACAUUUCCAACAUUCACAGAAGCCAACUGUAGUCACGCUGAUGCAAUUGUACCCCUUACAAGAUGCAAUUAGGUGGUUCAAGCCUUGAUAGGAUAAUCACAUUAUAAACAUGUUUUGUACAUUGACAAAAAAGUGGCCUAAGUGUGUCCUUCUGCUGCUGCAUACACUAACACAAUGAAACAAUAGUGUUAUAUUAUCGUCUUAUGAGUAUUAUUCUGUUGUAGAUAUUUAUUUUUUUUUGUCCCUGGGCCGUUACCUUUCACCCUCCAUGCCCCAAACUCAGUGACUGUUAUAUUUCACAGCUGCUGAAACUAAUGCAAUCACUCCACAUGGCUUGAAAUUUGUGUUUUUAAAUGAAGAAAUUUGAAAGUUGAAGGCAUUGUGGCUGAUACCAUGAAGGAUUAUGCAGUGUUAUGUGAAUGGAUUUUCUGAACUGACUUCACAGCUCAUUCACAAAAGAGAUUAUAUAUUUUAUCAGUUGCUUGUUGAAAGAAACUAUAUAUUGAUUUUCAAUAUGUUGCAUUUUUAUCAAUACAACUAGAAAAACUUGACAAAUCCAAGUACACCUCACCUUGUUAUAUAUUUUUUGUAUCUUAUGACUAACACAGUAUAGUGUUUAAUAUAUGGCAUUGUUUAGUUUUAGAUAGGCCAGAGGGUGUGUGAGAUAAAACCUGAUGAUGUUUAGGUGAGCUGAACAUGUAACAUCUGGACAGUCUGAUGUCUCUGUCAUUCAUGUGUCCAUAUAAGGCAGCUGAGAUGUGUUAAAAUUACCACUAUUGUAAACAUUUUGCCACAAACUGAGUAGAUACUCAACUGCAGUACAUGGGAUAGUGACAUCAACCAGGACGUUUGUUUUGGUCGUGAGAAUAGUAUUUACCUCUCCAUAGCCAAAGAAUUUAGCUUAACUGCAAAUAAAGUUCCCUGUAACAUCA